CAAGUCCCGCCCAGUCCUUCCGGCCUCGCCCGUGACUUCUGCUUCCGGGUCACAGGGGCGGUGCCGCCGCUUUCGCAGAGGACAGUGUAAACAUGGCGGCAAUGAGAAACUUCUUGAGCGCUUGGAAGAGUAAAGGUGCGGCGCUUCUUAGGAGAGAGUUUCACAGAACGCCCCCGGCCUGUUUGCAGGUUACAGUUCGAGAUGCUUUGAAUCAAGCAAUGGAUGAGGAACUGGAGAGAGAUGAACGGGUGUUUUUACUUGGUGAAGAGGUUGCACAGUAUGAUGGUGCCUAUAAGGUCAGUCGAGGACUUUGGAAAAAAUAUGGUGACAAAAGAAUUAUCGACACUCCCAUUACAGAGAUGGGCUUUGCUGGAAUUGCAGUUGGUGCUGCUAUGGCUGGUUUGAGGCCGAUUUGUGAAUUCAUGACCUUCAAUUUCUCCAUGCAAGCAAUCGACCAGGUUAUUAACUCCGCUGCUAAGACUUACUACAUGUCUGCAGGUCUGCAGUCUGUUCCUAUUGUCUUUAGAGGGCCAAAUGGUGCUUCUGCCGGGGUAGCAGCACAGCAUUCACAGUGUUUUGCAGCUUGGUAUAGCCACUGUCCUGGCCUGAAGGUUGUUAGUCCAUGGAGCUCAGAAGAUGCUAAAGGGUUAUUAAAAUCUGCCAUUCGGGAUGACAAUCCAGUUGUGUUUCUUGAAAACGAGUUGAUGUAUGGUGUUCCCUUUGAAUUAUCAGAAGAAGCUCAAUCAAAAGAUUUCACUAUUCCUAUUGGAAAAGCAAAAAUAGAACGACAAGGAAGUCAUGUUACUCUGGUUUCCCAUUCAAGGUUUGUAGGACACUGCGUUGAAGCAGCUGGUGUUUUAGCAAAAGAAGGCAUUGAGUGUGAGGUAAUCAACUUGCGAACUGUUCGGCCAAUGGAUGUUGAAACGAUUGAGAAGAGUGUAAUGAAGACCAGCCACCUGGUGACAGUAGAGGGUGGAUGGCCUCAGUUUGGUGUUGGGGCUGAGAUUUGUGCCAGAAUCAUGGAAGGUCCAGCAUUUAACUUUUUGGAUGCUCCAGCGGUUCGAGUCACAGGAGCUGAUAUUCCAAUGCCUUAUGCCAAGAUUCUGGAGGACAACAGUAUACCCCAAGUUAAAGAUAUCAUAUUUUCUGUGAAAAAGACAUUGAACAUCUAAGUCCAGUAUUCACUGAUGUGCAGCCUGUUUGUUUUCUCUUAGAUUAUUGAUGCAUAUCUCAUGCCCUUGGACUCAUUCAAAUUCUAGGAAACCUACUUCAUUAUGGUGUUUUUCUGGGACAAUAUUAGCUGGUGCUAAGCACUUUCAAAAUACAGCGCGCACAAUUUGUACCAGAUCGGUUUUGUCUAACCCCUGUGUUAUUUAUGGUCUCUGAUGCUGCAUGAAAACAAAUAAACUGUUACACUGUGUUGUACUGAUGCAGCAUUG